ACGUUGACGUCAACACAGCAAUGGCGGAUGUAGUGGAGGAAGUUCUUGAAGGCAGCUGGGAUCAGGAUCUGGCUGAGGCCCUGGACUCUGGAGGCUCUGACCUGGAGCUAGAGAUGGAUGUACAGAGGGAGCUGGGGUUGGGAGGAGGGCUGGGGCUGGAUGGGGAAGAGGACGGGGGGGUUAUUCGAGUCCAGGAGCUACCAGCCCAGCAGAGAGCCAAGCUGUGGAAGAUUGCUCUGAACGUGGCCGGUAAAGGAGACAGUCUGUCCUCGUGGGAUGGAGUCCUGGAUCUUCCAGAACAGACCGUCAUACACACCCGCUGCCAGCAGCUCAUUGACCAGCUGGGGGGCGUGGCGGAGGAGGAGGGGCGUGACAUGGUGUCUGACGUAGAGUCUGUCAUCACGUUCUACUGUAAGUCCCGAAACAUCAACUUCACCCCUGACCUCUCCUGGCCACACCUCCUCAAACCUCUGCUGGGCCUGCAGCUGCCCCGCUCCGACCUCUACAACUGCUUCUACGCCAUCAUGAAUAAAUAUAUACCACGGGACUGUGUAGCGAAGGGCCGUCCGUUCCACCUGUACAGGCUGCUUCUUCAGUAUCAUGAACCAGAACUCUGCUCCUUCCUCGACACCAAGAAGAUCACCCCAGACUCCUACGCUAUACACUGGCUGGGCAGUCUGUUCUCCAGUCACUGCCUUCCAGAGGUGACUCAGGCCAUGUGGGACUUCUACCUCCAACAGGCUGACCCCUUCCUCAUCUUCUUCCUCCUCCUCAUCAUCCUCGUCAACGCCAAAGAUAACAUUCUGCAACGGGAAGGAGACCGUAAAGAAGAUAUCAUCAAGAUGUUGGAGGACUCUCCUACCCUGUUAGAGGCUGAUGAUGUAGAGGACCUGUUCUCUCUGGCCCAGUAUUACUGGAGCAAGACCCCUCUGUCUCUCAGAAAGGAGAACCAGAACUUGUUUGGGUCCAGCCUGGUGGCUCUGAAGGAGGAAGACAUGGACCUGAGUCAGGCUCUCUGUCUCCCUGUGUCUGUCCCUGAGAUACUGCAGGCCAACCAGCUGCAGCCUGAAGGGGUUCGGUUCUUUGUGGUGGACUGUCGACCUGCUGAGCAGUACAACGCUGGACAUCUCUCUACUGCCUUUCACCUGGACUCAGACCUGAUGCUGCAGAACCCAUCAGAGUUCAGCCUAUCAGUGAAGUCCCUCCUGGAGGCCCAGAAACAGAGUCUGGAGUCUGGCUCCAUCGCUAGUGGAGAACAUCUCUGCUUCAUGGGCUCGGGGAGGGAGGAGGAGGACAUGUACAUGAACAUGGUGCUGGCCCACUUCCUACAGAAAAACAAAGAAUACAUCAGUAUCGCAAAAGGUGGUUUUAUGGCUCUGCAGCAGCACCUAACAGACAUCAAUGUGGAGGGACCAGACAACUAUGUCCACUGGAUAGUCAGCACCUCUGGAUCAGCUGAAGGAGAGUCAUUGAGCACCACAGGGGAUAAAGGAGUCAAGUCUCUGGUCAACAAGAUGACCUUUGCCCUCAAGUCCAAGUCUGUCAUAGCGAAGGAGAAGAUGAUAAGCUUCAUGGAGAACACCGCUACACCUGUGGACAGGUAA